CCGCUGUGUUGAAUAAUCGCACACUAUCAGGCACUAGGCUUGCAGCAGCAGCUCCAUUGCCUGUGACAUCACUCCUGAAGCUCAAACCCCACUCUAAGCUGCCUUCAUUAGUCAGUGUGUUGGUCUGCCUGCUUUUUUCCAGAUCUACAAACCGUCACACACGGAAGCAGGUUCUUUGCAGAGGAAGGACUUUGGGCAUCAGUAGCACUGAGAGAGAGAGAGAGAGAGAAUAAGGAGAAAGAACAGUCUCCAGCUUCAGAGAAUACGACAGACGCUUACAAUAUGAAAUUCAUCUUGCCUCAUUACUUGCUGUCUCUUUUCCCUUUUCUGGUCCUCAGCAGCACCAGACAGGGCUAUGAAGAGCUGGAACGGCAGCUUAAAGAAGUCUUUAAAGAGAGAAGCAACAUUCUUCGCCAGCUGUCAAAGACAUCCAAAGAACUUGAAGGAAUUAAAGUAAACCUACAGUCUCUGAAAAAUGAUGAAGCCUCUGCAAAAACUGAUGUACAGAAGCUCUUGGAAUUAAGUCAAAAACAAAGGGAAGAAAUGAAGUCGCUCCAGGAGGCCUUUCAAAAACAGCUUAAUGAGGCAGCUGAAAAGGCAGAAAAACAGCAAGCUACAAUUAACUUUUUGAAGACAGAAAUGGAGAGGAAAAGCAAAAUGAUCAGGGAUCUUCAAAAUGAGAACAAAAGCCUGAAAAAUAAACUCCUGUCGGGAAGCAAGCUUUGUGGCAUUCAUGCUGAAGAGUCAAAAAAGAUCCAAGCCCAACUGAAGGAGCUCCGCUAUGGGAAAAAGGAUUUGAUUUUUAAGGCACAACAGCUUACGGACUUAGAACAGAAACUAGCAAUUGCAAAAGAAGAACUAGAAAAAGCAGCUCUCGACAAAGAGUCACAGCUGAAAGCUCUGAAGGAGACUGUACAGCUUUGCCUGUCUUCAGUUUUGCACAAUCAACCUCCCUCUAGACAUAUAAUCCCUUCAAGGCCGAUAGAGAGACAGUCAUCCCCAGUUACAAAUGGUUCAAAAGUUCCGUUUCAAGGGACCAAGCAAAGAGCUUUUGCAAACAAAGAGACUCUACAGAUCUCCUCACGAAAAGUGGAUAAUAAUCAAAACACCAGGGACUGCAAUUCACAAGAUGUUGGCAAAACUUGUUUAGGAAAUCAGAACAAUUCAACCAUUCCACAGCUGAAGGUGGCAGCAACAGACCCAGAGUUGCAGAAAUCACACAGUCCUCCGUGGAUUAAACCAGAAAUGAAAAAUGCAGCAGAGAAGAAAGAAAACAACCCUGAAGCACUGACAAAAAUCAAGGGAAAGACUCUGUAAAUAGCAUCCUCAUAUCUUAAAUUUUUUCUUCAUUUGCUCUCGUCUUCAUCUUUAUAGUCCAGAGGCAUGAAAAUGUAUCAGAUUUUUUAAAGCAUGCAGUUUUUCACUAUUUUAUGGAUGUUUGUAAAUUAGUCUAGAAAUUUCUGAAAUAGAUUGAUGAUUAGUAUCUUUCAGCAAUAAUCCAAGAGAAAUGGAUGUUGGGGGAAAAUGCUUUGUAAUACAGUCCAGUUUUUUGAAAUAUUAUUCUGCCCUGAUCUGUAACUUGCUUAUUAUAAAUCACUCUGUUUUGUAAAGAA